AUGAAUUCGCUAUUGGUCGGAAAGAUGACGAAAAGACGGCCAUGGUGGUUGGAAAGCUUUAAAGGAUGGUCUUACGUCGCGUACGAAAUGUUAUUUCAGAAAAUGUGUACAUGGCAUCUGAAGAAUCCGUUGCCAUUGCCUUGUCUGAAAAACAUUAAUAGUAUUGUAACUGGUUGUACUAGCGGAAUUGGACUUGAAAUCGCCAAGCAAUUAGCCUUUUCAGGAGCACAUGUAGUUAUGGCUGUCAGGAAUAUUUCUUCAGCCUACGAAUUAGUUCAGAAUUGGCACGACGAAUUGCAGGAGGAAUGGUAUGGUACAUCGACACUAAGUAUCGAAGUAUUGGAGCUGAAUCUUCUCUCUCUGAACUCGGUUAUUCAUUUCGCGAAGAAAUGGAAUUCGAAUUCGAAACCUUUGAAUAUUCUCGUCAAUAAUGCGGGUAUUUUCUCCUUGGGAGAGGCUCAGAAAUUUUCCAAAGAUGGAUUCGAAACGCAUAUGCAGGUUAACCAUUUUGCGCCUGCAUUGCUUUCGAUUUUGCUAUUACCAUCUAUGAUAUCUAAUGGAUCAUCUCUGAGGAGGAUUAUCAACGUGAACUCGAGUUUGCAUAAGAUGGGAUUUGUAAAUAUAGACGACAUGAAUUUCGUCCUGAAUAAACCGAGAUUCACUAGCACAAAGGCGUAUUCAAAUAGUAAACUUGCUCAAGUUAUGUUUAGCGGUAUCCUGCAGAGACACUUGACGUUCCAAUCGGGUGUUAGCGUUGUAUGCGUUUCGCCCGGAAGUGUACGGACCAAUGUGACAAGGGGUCUUCCUGAAAUAAUAAAACUUGCUCACAAUUGUAUACCUUAUUUUCCAUUUAGUCCUCGGCAAGGUGCGAGAAGCGCGCUUUUUGCAGCUACGGAUACAAAAAUUCCGCAAUACUGCAAGCAAUUGAAGAUUAAAGAGCCGCCAUUCGGCGUUUAUAUUUCAUUGAAAUGUAAUCUGGUAAGGCCUUCAAGAAAAGCUAGAAAUUUAUUUGUUGCUAAUGCAGUGUGGAAGAGAACAUUGGAUAUGAUUGGCCUUCCUCUUGAUGUUGUGGAAAGGAUUCUAAAAGGGGAAAAAGUUAUGUCUUGCUUAUACAAAAAUGUAUCUGCAUGUGUUCAUAUUCAAAAUGAAUCUUCAAGUGUUCUUAUUCGGAAUGAAUCUGCAAGUGUUCAUAUUCGGAAUGAAUCUGCAAGUGUUCACAUGCUGAAUGAAUCUGUCCUGUACCAGUUAAGAAUGAAUCUGUAA